GACAGACAAAGUUUUGAUUGUAGCGACAGUUAAAAUUGCAAAAUAGAUGCAUCGCAUCUUUACUGUGCUCAGUGCUGUGUAGUCAAUAAUUCAAGUGCCAGCAGUACAAGCGAAAUUUAGGGCUCGAUGAAAAUUGUUCUUUUGAGUAGCUAAGAAUCCCUUAAUUUACAUAGGCGUGCAUAAUUUAUUAUGCGCCUUCUCAAAUUCUCCUGGUUAUCGUAGUUUUAAUAUGGUGUUUAGAAUGUAUGUAUAUGUAGGUAGAAGUUGCUGUCAUCCAUUACCAAGAGGAUAUUUUUUGUGAUCGAUAAUUUGAAAGCCGAUGCUUGCUGUGGCACUUUUUUUUAUAUACAGUAUACAGCAUAACACUGUGAAUAUAAGUUUCAUGUGUUCGCUUUCCCUAGCACUCGCCGUUAAAGAACUGGAUUUUCGCGUGACCUAUGUAUUUUCUUAAUUUUUAUCUAUACUCAAGUUUUUUGUGUGUUGGUGCGGUACGUAACGUUAAGAGUGAAAGGAUGACACGUGUAGGGAUGUAAUGUGAAGUUUAUCGAAACGCGUAAGAAUACUGUUACUUCAUAGAACAUCCAUACAGCAACAUAGAAGCAGCAGCAGCAAGCCAAAUGGCAUGAAUUUGCUCAAAACUUUGAUUACAGUUAUACCUAUCUGCUUCUGUUUGCGUUUUUUAUAAUUAAUAUAAGAUACUGUACACAGAAUGUGCCACAAUACUAUCUGAGAAUUGUGCGCUACGUGAUACAAUUUUACAGAAUUUAACUAAGUUUUCGAACGAACAGUGCAUUAUGUAUGUAGAAAUCUUAGGUUUUGGGCUACUUUGCAGUGUUUUGUAGUUGAUGUACGACAUUUGUAUAUAAUACUCACCAAAAUAAUACCCGAGACUGGUCUAUUAUCAUCACUCCCUGUUAGUGUGCCACAGUCAAACACAAUUUAAGCAGGCUUCAAUGCUACUUACCUUAUUGCUAUUUCUGAAUUCCUAUGCUAUCAGACAAUGCAAAAAUAGUUGAAGUAACUACUUUUCCAACAGUUAACGUUUUUCACAUAUAUUCAGCAGCCUGUGUGAUAUUCCUCAAGACACACAAUAUUUAUGUAGAGCAAAACUCAUCUGAGUGACUCAACUUAUUGAGUCAACACUAUCCAUUGUAGUAUAAUAAUGAUCAAAAAGACCAUAUCAGUAGGAAAAAUUAAGUUAACUAUGUACCAAAUUCACAGCAGUUGAUGUUGCUGUAUUCGUUGGUUGGUCUGUAAGAUGAGAUUCGUGCUGUAAAUCAUUUCCAUAUAGAGCUACUGAAAAAUAUGUGCAUGGUAAUAACAAAAAAAUUUUAAAAAUGGCCGAUGUGACAUUACUAUAAGAAAUGCAAGACUGUCCCUGUUCGAGAACAUGCAUGUGCUGUUUGUUGAAGCCUGGGAAGCAAAGCAAGAAUUUUGAGCAAAGCAAGUUAGAAAACAAGGGCAAGCCCAUCAAAUCUACAUGGCAUCUGUGUCACGUCCUGUGUAACACGUAUGAGGAUAAGUGACAUUUCUAAUUGAGUCCUAAUGCAAAAUAAAAGUUUGAUCAGAACAGUUCAUAUUAACCUGUUGGGUGCAGUGGAGUACCCACACACUCAGCUCGACACACAGUCGAAAGAAUCGUAUAUAUUUUUUAGAACGUCAAAGUGUCCUCCAACUCAUGACGAAGUCUGCCAUCUUCUUCGAACAGAAACAGCUAAGAGAAACCCACAUACACCGUUUAGAAAGAAUAACACUCUGCUUGUGAUACUUGGUAUCAUAAUGAUAUCGGGUGAUAGCAGUCUCUCUCUUUGCUAGUGGAAUAUUGCAGACUAGUUAGGAAGGAUCCCUUCAUGAAUGUAUGGUUCUGCCAUUAGCAGAAAUUUUGUAGCUAUAGCGUAUGUUGCCAUCACCUGGUGCAAGUGCAGGGCGGCUGCUGGCACGGCUUUGGGUGGGUGAUCCUCGGCCGCCAGGCUGCUCUCCACCAUCUGCGCCACAGACUGUCAGUCGUGGCACUGAGACAACACCUCCGAGGCAUACCCAUCGUCCAUUUGUGUGUGGCCACUGUGGUAAGGCUUAUGCACAGUCAUCACACCUAGCACAUCACGGUCGUACACAUACCGGCGAGCGGCCAUUUGCUUGUCAGUUCUGUGGAAAGACAUACAUGCAGUCAUCACAUCUGACCCACCAUCGCCGCACUCAUACUGGCCAACGUCAGUUUGUAUGCAAGGUAUGUGGGAAGUCGUACUGCUAUUCAUCUCACCUAGCGGUACACACAAGGACACACACAGGUGAAAGGCCCUUCACAUGCCAACAGUGUGGGAAGACCUUUGCACAGUCAUCGCACCUGUCACAUCACCGCCGUACUCAUACAGGAGAGAGGCCAUUUGUGUGUAAGGAAUGUGGGAAGUCAUACAUGUACUCAUCACAUCUUGUAGUACAUCGACGGUCUCACACUGGUGAAAAACCAUUUAUUUGUCGAGACUGUGGUAAGGCAUUUGCAGAAUCAUCAAAAUUGGCACAACAUUCACGUACUCACACUGGAGAACGUCCAUACUCCUGCUCAGAAUGUGGCAAGACCUACUCUCAUUCUUCACAUCUUGCUGCCCACCGCCGCACACAUGGUGGCGUGGAAGACGAAAGGGCAUUUGCUUGCCCUUGCUGCCCUCGAGCUUUUGCUGCAGCUACAAAAUUGGCUGAGCAUGCCAGAUCACACCUUCAGCAGCAGCAGCAGCAACAGCAGCAACAUGGCCACAGUACAACUACAUUGUCAUCUUGCAAGGUGUGUGGAAAAGCUGUUACAAGAAGCGCUGAUUCUCCUGCAAGUGAUAUCCCCCCUGUCUGCCAAGAAUGUGAGGAGAAAGCAUUUUCACAUUGCCUUGCUUUGUCAUGGCAUGCCCAUAUGCAGACACAGAAUGGAGAACGCCUUAAGUUGACUGUAACAGCAACACAACCAGCACUGACACUGCCACGUCCAGCAACUGCAACACGCUGAGAAUGUUAUAAUCAGACGAAUAUCUUGUAUGUCUAAUCUAUGAUGUUUUUGGAUAUGAUUACUACAAACUAUCAGGCAAUUUCAGAACCCCUCCAAGUGCAUUUUUUAACAAUCUGUUACUUACCAUAAUUGAUUAUUUCUUCUUAAGAAUGGUGGGGGAUAAGGUUAUUGACCACCUAAUUUUUGUGAAUCAUUUGUAAUAAAAAGUGUAUUGUGGAAGUCAAGAAUUGGCUUGUAAAAAUACUUAAACAUUGUGAGCUGGAUGCAACAUAAUUUUACAAUAAAAUAAUUGCGGAUACUGUUGUAAAUACGUGUAAUAAAUGUUUUCUCUGUGA